AUGGUGACGUUGCUCUUGGAUAGACAGGCGAACCCAUAUUCCAAUGAACCCAAUGAACCGUUUUUAAGCGCAGUUCAGGCAAAGAAGGCAAGGCCUGAACUUAUGCAACUUUUGAUUGAGCGGAAAUGUCUCUCACGAGGGCUCUCCGCUACUGAUGAUAUCAUUUUGUUGACCGCCGUGGCUGGAGGAGAAGAAGUUUUCGAGAUGGCGUUGCAGUAUUACCAGAUUCAGCUAGACCCCGACGACGAGCUUCAUAAAGACAUGUUCUGGCGAGCGAUCAGACACAAAGACGUCGCAAUUGUGAGAAAGCUACUCGCUGCAGGCUUCGAUCCCAAUGAUAUCCCGCAGCAGGUCGGCAUGGAUGAGUCUGAGUCUGUUCUUGUGCAGGCAACGACGCCAUGGCCCGACGAAUUCAGUGAGCAUGGACCCGAGGAAGUAGAACUAUUGGUUGACCUCCUAAUUGAGCACGGCGUGAGUCCCCUGUGCCCCGAACAUGGCUCAGGCUUGCCAAUUUUGCAUUACCUCAUGUACGAAGGCAUGAAAAACCAUACCAACGUCGCCAAGCUGCUUUUGAAAAAGGGCGCCUGUCCAUUCACUACGAGUAUCAAUGACCCAUUCGAUCUUUGGGCUCCAAAUGAUCCUUUGGAUGUGGAUUAUUCUCUCGACGAAGACGAGAAAAGCACUCCGAAGACCCUCCUAGAGAGAGCUGCAGCUGAACACGAUCGAGAAAUGGUUUAUGUCUUGUUGGAAUUCUUUGAGCAAAAUACUCCUUUCUAUAAGAUCAAAGACAUGGUGCGGUCUGCUGCUCAAGCCGUAAACCCUCAUGCCCCCAACCUCCCAGGUUUGGAAAGGCUUCUCUGGCGGUUUUACUGGCGGAAAGCCUAUCCCUGCCCACAGACUUGA